AUGGUGCGUUCCGCGCAGAUUGCGGGCCCGCACGAGAUUUACUUCACCACGCUUUACGCAAACGGCAGCCUGGACAUGAACACGGACCACAUCGUCAUCCCAUUCACUCCUGAGAACGAUGUGAUAACUCCCAUGUAUCUCAGCAUUAGCGACUCUGUGCUUUCCGUGACUCUCAACAGGACUCUCUUGAUUGGAAAGACAUACACGGUUUGGAUUGAAGCCAACUCUUUCGUGGAUGAGUCAACGACAUCGAUCUUUGACAUUACCGGCGUACCCACGAACAUUCCUAGAAACUUUGCUGGGCUGGCACCUGGCGACGUGGUCUUCACCGUGGUUGAACCGACCGAUCUCGAGCGGAACCCUUACAAGAAGUCCACAAUUCCAGUCUGGGAUGUGGAGGUAGAGGAAAUGGCACGUCCAGAGAAGGAGCCACUUAUGCCUUUUCACUUGGACCACUGCUACAUCGAUACGCCAAACUGCACAGAGACGAAUCCGAACAUCACAAACGGAAGCAAUGAGAGCAACUGCAGUGCUUGGGAAAACAUUUCCGUGCUCAGUGUUUGUGGGCUGACCCCUCGUUCUGGCCAGGGGUUUGCCAAAGUGAGGGAGGAGGAAUUGUGGCUGCAGCCUUGGCACUGGCUGCGUGCCACAACGCCAAACGCCACGUUUCAAGUCCAGUUGGACGUGAUGGAUGCAAACUCCCCCGUGCUGAUCAAAUCCAGGGAGGAAGUCCAUGUCACUGCGGGAACAGCGCAGCUGCUCGCCACCUCCGAGAAUGAGGGCCCUUUUGUGCUACAGGAUGACUCCUUUGCAGAGCUCUUUGUAGAAGUCUCCGUCGAGCCUGCUGGGGUGCUUGGUAUUCUUCGAUCUGCUUGGCGGGACUGGGGCGGCCGUGUGAACAUCAGUUUCGACUUUCCGACAGUCAAUCCUGACUAUGGUUCCUUGGGUCAGGGGGACCUCACUUCAACAACUCUGGAGGGACGGUCUGCUUCAAAGCUGUCCUUCUACGGCAUGGCCGUGCAGCUUGGUGGCGCCUGGUGGGUGCAAGAUGAGCCAUGUUGUGGUGGCAAGUGUGCCACAAGCAACAUGAGGUCGGUAGAAGCAGCGCUCAGCAAUCUCAGCUAUACAGCGCCAGCAGAGUUUGAGGGGGUUGCCCUGAUGAAGGUUUUGAUCCGUGCCAUGGCUUCCGAUUGGUCAUGCAGCUACCCGUCUCAGCUGAAGCUUGCCCUUUUGCGCCCUCCAAAGCUGCAUGAGGAGAUGGAGACUAUGUCCGAGAAGAGGGAUUGCUGA